CCCUUGUUCUCAACCUGCGCAAAGUCGCAUUGCACUCUCUUUACUACGGCUGUACAUCCCCCGAGAGCUGAUACGACACCAUGCCGGCCGUGCGCGAGUCAUCCGCAGCCGCCGAGGCCCAUGAAGCCAAUGGCACACCCGCACCCAGACCAGGCAAGAACUGUGCCGAAUGCCGGCGCUUGAAGGUCAAGUGUGAUAGGAAGAUUCCGUGCUCGGCGUGCGUGCGGCGCGGGUGCGCGGCCAUGUGCCCCGGCGAGUCGUUCCCCAUCAAGGAGCUGUUCUCGGAGCGCCAGACACUGCUUGACAAGGUCAAGGACCUCGAGGCGCUCGUCAAGGAGCUCUCGCGGCGCGAGGUGCGCCGCAGCCCGCCACCGAGCGCGCUCGACGGCCUCGGGCUCCUCGGUGCCGCUGGCGCACGCGCGAGCUUCGAGGCUCGCCGGUCAGAGGGCGAGGAAGCAGCCGACAUGCUGCGUAAUGAGCAGCGGCGCGUGCAGCUCGAGUCGCCGCACGACGACGUCGAGGUGGACGAGGAGCUAGGAGACCGGGUCAAGAACUCGGGCACGCUCGUCGUUUCGGGCGGGAGAUCGAGAUAUCUCGGUGGAUCCGCCAUGCCGCUAUGGCUCUCCGAGCCCCAAGGCGGUGGAGAUGUGGCAGACACCCGCCCGCCGUCGCCGACACGCUCGCAGUCGCCCAACCAUCCAUUCCACACCGACCCAUCCUCGAGCUCCAUCUUCGGCGUCCCCUCAACACGGCGGUACGCACAGGCGGUGGCCGAGCUGCCGUCCAAGGACGAGGGGUGGAUCCUCGUCGAGAGCAACUACAGACACUUGGCGUGGAACGGGUCGGCGCUGAGCCGUGACGAGUUUGCCGUUAUCUACGACAGCGUGUACGCCAACCUCAACACCGACCCCAAGGGGUUCACCGAUACGUGCCUUGCGUUCCAGCGUAUCGCGAUGGUAUACAUCGUGCUCGCGCUCGGCACCCUCGUCAGUCUCGAGUUGCCACUGGACGACCCGACGGGAAAGUUCUACUUUGACAUGGCUCGCCAGUGUCUCGUCAACGGACGGUUCUUAACUUUGACAACGUUGAUUGGCGUGCAGACGACUUCGCUCAUGGCGCGGUACUGCUCGUACGCGGGCAUGCGCAGCGGGACAGACCUCGCGUGGCAGAUGCGUGGUUUGGCAAUGCGUCUUGUCCUUUCGAUGGGCCUCCACCGCGAUGGACAGAGCUGGAACCUGUCCGAGGAAGACCUGAACAACAGGCGCAAGGUGUUCUGGGAGGCCUUCAGCCACGACGUGUUUCUGGUAUUCACGGUGCUGGGACAGGCCGUGAGGUUCCAGGUUCUGUGCCGUGCUGACCUCCCCAGAACAGGCAUCGCUGCUAACCAGUACGACACCAAGUUCCCCGACGACUACUACAUCCCCGCAAGCAACUACUUUGAGCUGCACCGCUGCAAGCUGUCGAUCCUGGUCAAGAGGGCGCUGGACGAGUCACUCCAGGUCCAGCCGUCGCCAUACUCGCAUGUCGUGGAGAUCUGGCAGAGCAUUGUGAAGGCCGAGGCCGAGGUGCCCUUCAAUCUGAGGUGCCGAGCAACGGCACGCGCCAUGGUCUCGCGAUACACUACCCAGCUCGCUGCCGACGCUGCUACCCCCGAGCCCAGCCGGAAGGACCUCAAACUCACAUUCCAGCAACACUCCCUCACGCUCGACUACUGCGCAGCUGUCUUCCUCCUCCUGAGGCCGUACUUUGUCCACGCGCUGUACACGUUCCCCGAGGACCCGACGCACUCGCCAUACGCGGACGCCUACCUCGCUGUCAUUGAGCGGAGUAGUAUGAUGAUUGCCAUGCUGAGAAGUAUCCACUCGCUGUUCCCUCUGUUGAGCACCAGGCAUUGGCAGUUCUGGUCGCACGCGUUCUCGUCGGCAGUCUGCAUGGCGACUGUGUGCGCCGUGUCCCCUACGUCACCCCUCGUGACCCUCGCCAUGGCCGAGCUCGAGUCAGUCAUCAACCUGCUCCAGUCGAUCCUCUCGUCGCUGCCACACCGCGAGCUGCGCAAGAACCUUGACUGGCUGCUCCGCCUCCGCGAACGUGCCAAAGCCAAAACGCUGGCGGCGCGCAACGCAGCUGCAAACCACGAGAGUGGAUCGACCGAGGGCGAGCCAGACGGCCCGGCAGCCAAGGACCCAGAAGAGCACCUCAUGCUGGUUGGCUGGAGAACCCGCUUGAUCGAGCUCGGCGAGGGCAGACCACAGGUAAACAUUGUCGCCAUGCCGCCUGUCGAGCUGCCGCCGCCACCUGCCGACCUGCAGCCGGACGCCAUGCUGCCCAUGGUGUCGGGCCUCGACACCCAGCCGCCAAUCUGGGUCGACAUGAUCUCGUCGACGUCGAGGCAGCCGCUGGGCGACACGGGCGAGAUUGUGCAGCAGGAGGGGAUCUCGCCGGACUUUUUGCAACAGCUCCUCGGUGCGCCGGUCGGCCAGCCGUUCCCCAUCGACGUGUGGCCCGAGACCAAUACCGACGACUUCAACCAGAUCGUGUUCGACCUGCAAAACUUCCUGGGCUAAUAGUUGUGUACAUUAUGGAUGUAUUCUAUUGCAG